AUGGAUCGGUCUGGUAUGGAUUGGAAUCGGCUGUUGCUGCCCCUGAAUCACAGACCCGGUGGAGAAGCAAACACCAGCAAACAAGCAAACGUGACCUUUGGGCCCCAGAUAGCGCUAGUACUAAUUCGAGCAAGCGUCUUCGGCCUCGGAUUAACAGAUGAUCAGCUCUCUUAUCGCCCGUUUAGGAAGACGAUUUUUUUGAAGAUCGACUCCAGGCGAAGACUGAGAAGCUACGCACGCUUAUCAGAGACAAUGAAGACAGAUUUCAAGUUCUCCAACCUUCUGGGGACGGUAUAUCGCAAAGGAAAUCUUCUCUUCACGCCCGAUGGAAACUGCUUGCUUUCCCCAGUAGGCAAUAGGGUCACAGUUUUCGACCUUGUCCAGAACACAUCAUACACACUUCCAUUCUCUCAUCGCACCAAUAUCGAUCGUUUAGAUCUUUCGCCCCGCGGCAACCUUCUGCUCUCCGUUGACGAGAAUGGUCGUGCUAUCUUGACGAAUUUCGUUCGCAGGAUUGUAAUCCACCACUUCUCCUUUAAAGGUCGAGUCACUGCGCUCAAAUUCUCGUCAACGGGUCGUCAUUUCGCUGUCGGAGUGGGAAGACGGUUGCAGAUCUGGCACACACCAUCGACCCCGGGUACCGAUAAUAACGGAGAGAUCGAAUUCGCACCCUUUGUUCUGCACCGGGACCUCGCCGCCCAUAUUGAUGUCAUUCAGAAUAUUGAGUGGUCCAGAGACUCACGCUUCCUCCUUACCGCAUCCAAAGACCUCACAGCACGGAUAUGGAGUUUAGAUCCGGAAGAAGGCUUCGAACCCACCACCCUAGCCGGCCAUCGUCAAGGCGUGAAGGCAGCCUAUUUCACAGCAGAUCAAGAAUCCAUCUACACGAUCAGUUCAGAUGGAGCUCUUUUCAGGUGGGAGUACGUGACUAAGAAAGAUCCGGAUACGAUGGAAGAUAUUGCCGAAGCUCGUUGGCGGAUUGUCAAAAAGGACUACUUCAUGCAGAACGAUGCCAAGGUCAACUGUGCUACUUUUCACGCCCCCUCGAAUCUCUUGGUUGUAGGUUUCUCCAACGGCCUUUUCGGCCUGUACGAUCUGCCGGACUUCAACCCGAUCCAUCAACUGAGUGUUUCUCAAAGCAACAUCGAUUUCGUGACAGUCAACAAGUCCGGUGAGUGGUUGGCCUUUGGCUCGUCGAAGCAUGGUCAAUUGCUCGUGUGGGAAUGGCAAUCGGAGUCCUAUAUCUUGAAGCAGCAGGGUCACUUGGACUCGAUGAACGCUCUUGCCUACUCCCCAGACGGGCAAAAGAUUGUUACUGCCGCGGAUGAUGGAAAAGUAAAGGUCUGGGAUGUCAAGUCCGGCUUUUGCAUUGUCACAUUCACCGAGCAUUCGAGCGGAGUCACCGCGUGCCAGUUUGCCAAGAAAGGAAGUGUUUUAUUUACCGCAUCUCUGGAUGGCUCAGUGAGGGCAUGGGAUCUCAUUCGUUAUCGCAACUUCCGAACCUUCACUGCACCAUCCCGGACGUCUUUCACCUCUCUCGCCGUCGACCCAAGUGGUGAGGUCAUUUGCGCCGGGUCACCGGAUUCUUUCGAUAUCCAUGUGUGGUCAGUACAGACAGGACAACUUCUUGACCAGUUGUCCGGUCACGAAGGGCCCGUAUCGUCGCUCGCGUUCGCGGCGGACGGCAACCAUCUAGUUAGCGGUAGCUGGGACCGUACUGUCCGAGUAUGGAGCAUUUUCGGAAGGACGCAGACUAGCGAACCUUUGCAGCUCAUGUCAGAUAUUCUGCAUGUGGCAUUCCGGCCUGACGGGAAGCAGGUUGCCGCAUCUACUCUUGACGGUCAGUUGACCUUUUGGUCUGUGGACAACGCAGUCCAGGAAGGAGGCAUUGAUGGUCGUCGCGAUGUGUCCGGCGGCCGCAAGAUGGGCGAUCGUGUAACGGCCGCGAACUCAGCGGCAACCAAACAUUUCAAUUGCAUCACAUACAGCGCUGACGGCUCUUGUAUCCUGGCUGGAGGCAACAGCAAGCACAUUUGCCUGUACGAUGUGAGAUCGGGCGCACUGCUGAAGAAAUACACAGUCAGUGUCAACACUUCUCUAGACGGCACCCAGGAAUUCUUGAACAGUCGUGAUUUGACAGAGGCUGGCCCUCGAGGUCUCAUUGACGAGACAGGCGAAGCUUCAGAUCUGGAAGAUCGCAUUGACCGCAGCCUUCCCGGCGCGAAGCGCGGCGAUGCUGGGACGCGUAAGACUCGACCCGAAGUGCGUGUCACUGCAGUCGACUUCUCUCCAACCGGGCGCGCAUUUUGUGCAGCUUCGACGGAAGGUCUUCUAGUGUACAGUCUCGACACCGAAUUUGUCUUCGAUCCGUUUGACCUUGAUCUCGAUAUCACUCCCACCACUAUCCUUGCCACCCUUGACGCUGCUAAGAAGGCGCACUCUAUGAACACAGCAGACGAUGACAAUACGUUCUUGAAAGCGCUAGUCAUGGCUUUCCGUCUUAACGAGUCGAAACUGAUUCGCGCUGUCUAUGAGGCUAUUCCACCCUCAGAGAUUUCUCUUGUGGUACGCGCACUGCCUACUGUCUACCUCUCUCGCUUCCUGCGAUUCGUAGCCCAGUCUGCUGAAGAAACGCCUCACCUGGAGUUCAACUUGCGGUGGAUUGAAUCUCUCCUUAGCAUCCAUGGUCGCUACUUCAAGGAUAACUCAGGCACGCUCGCAACAGAACUGCGUGCCAUACAGCGGGCUGUUGAUGACAUUCGGGAGAAUUUGAGGAAGUUGACGGAGAAGAAUGUGUACGAUCUCAAUUAUCUCCUCUCGAAACCGGUACUUGCAGACAAAAUGAAUGGCGCUCCGAAAGCCAUUCAAGAUUAUGAUGCUAUAAUCAUGGACGGCGAAGAUGCGCGCAUGUCUGAUGUAGAUGGGGAUGAUAGGGAGGGGGAAUGGGUUGGCCUCGAAUGA